AUGAGUACUAGAACUCCAAUACCUACUUUCAUUUUGAAAACCUAUCAAAUGCUCGAAGAACCUAAAAAUAGUAAUAUUGUUAGUUGGACUGCACAAGGCACUGCUUUCAUAGUUUACAAUCAGUAGCAAAUGGAAAAAUAAGUGUUAUAAAAUUUCUUUAAACACAGUAAUUACUCUAGCUUUGUGAGAUAGUUAAACCUAUAUAAUUUCAAGAAAGUUCGAUCAAAUGAAGGGUAAAUUUUUAAGCACAAAUGCUUCAAAAAAGGAAUGAAGUAAUAUUGUUACAAGUAUUGUAGAUCCAUGUUACAAUUUAUUAAAAGAAGGAAUCAAGAAGACAUUCAGGCACCUCAGAUAUAAGAAGAACCAACCAUAAAUAUCAAAGAGGAAUAAAACUUGUUUAAAGAAUGCGCCUUAGAUAUAAAGGAAACUAAUAACAAAUUAAAAGAAGAUAUGAAACUAUUAUAAGAAACUUCAUCAUAUCUUAUCGAUUAAAUGCAGAAUUUAAAUCAUUUUGUUUACAAUCAAAGUGUUGACAUCGAAGUAAAAUUUAAAUAGGUUGGGUAGAUGCUCCAUGCCAUAAACGAGGAAUUAAGAUAAGAAAAUAAAAGUGACACCCAAACUAAUAAAUUGUUAGGUGACUAUAAAUGUUCAAAAGAAUUAGAUUUUUAGGAAUCAAAAAUCGGUUCUCCAAACCCAUACGUUGAUUAUAACAGCACAGCAUUAAAUCCUCUUGAUUAUGAGUGCUUCAUUGAUUCGUUUUUAUGACAUCUUAUAAACUAUACCAAGAAUAUUUUUUAUAAA